CUAAAUAUUAUUUUAGCCGAUUCACUUCAUCAAGCACAAGUAAACAAAACCACUGGAAUUUUUCGACCACCAUUGCAAAUGGCCGCACUGAACCUUUGCCGCAUGGCACUUCGAUCCUCGAAACUUCUCUAUCGCCCUUAUAAUCUUCUCUCCGUUCAGUUGCAGAUGCAGAUGCAACCCUCUUCUCCUCCCCUCACUCGAAAGAUGAGCACGGAUGCGCAGAGUAUUGCUUCCCAGCUUAAUAGUUCUGGAUUGUUGAGGACUCAGGGCCUUAUUGCAGGGAAAUGGAGUGAUGCUUAUGAUGGUAAAACCAUAAAGGUUUAUAAUCCAGCAACUGGUGAAUCUGUUGUAGAUGUUGCAUGCAUGGGUGGAAGAGAGACAAACGAUGCAAUUUCUGCAGCCUAUGAUGCAUAUGGAUCUUGGAGCAAAACCACUGCUGCUGAACGAAGCAAAUUACUGAGGAAAUGGUAUGAUUUGCUAAUGGUACAUAAAGAAGAACUUGCACAGCUUAUAACCUUGGAGCAGGGGAAACCUCUUAAAGAGUCUGUGGGUGAGAUAGUCUAUGGGGCUGGCUUUAUUGAGUUUGCAGCUGAGGAGGCAAAACGUAUAUAUGGGGAUAUAGUUCCUGCACCUUUUUCUGAUCGGCGAUUAUUUGUUCUAAAGCAGCCUGUAGGGGUUGUAGGUGCAAUUACACCUUGGAACUUUCCCCUUGCUAUGAUUACUCGAAAGGUUGGUCCAGCCCUUGCAUGUGGCUGUACAGUGGUCAUAAAGCCCUCUGAACUUACACCUCUCACUGCUUUAGCUGCAGUGGAACUCUCCAUUCAAGCUGGAAUACCACCGGGUGUCGUGAACGUGGUAAUGGGAAAUGCUCCUGAUAUUGGGGACGCUUUACUUGCAAGUCCACAGGUAAGGAAGAUCACAUUCACAGGCUCGACAGCAGUUGGGAAGAAAUUGAUGGCUGGUUCAGCUGAAACAGUUAAAAAAGUAUCUCUUGAACUCGGUGGCAAUGCACCUUGCAUAGUUUUUGAUGAUGCUGACCUGGAUGUUGCAGUAAAAGGAACUCUUGCAGCAAAGUUCCGUAACAGUGGACAAACAUGUGUUUGUGCAAAUAGAAUUAUUGUGCAAGAAGGUAUAUAUGAGAAGUUUGCAAAUGCUUUACGUGAUGCUGUUCAGAAUAUGAAAGUUGGGGAUGGUUUUAGUGAAGGUGUGUCACAGGGUCCUCUAAUAAAUGAAGCUGCUGUAAAAAAGGUUGAGUCCUUAAUUCAUGAUGCUACAUCGAAGGGAGCAAAAGUAAUUCUUGGGGGUAAAAGACAUAGCCUUGGACUUACUUUUUAUGAACCCACAGUCAUCAGUGAUGUCAACAGUGAUAUGCACAUAUCAAGAGAGGAAGCAUUUGGACCUGUUGCACCCCUUUUGAGAUUCAAAACUGAAGAGGAAGCUAUCAGAAUUGCUAAUGACACUAACGCAGGUUUGGGUUCAUAUGUAUUUACAAACAGUAUCCAACGAUCAUGGCGUGUUGCUGAGGCUCUUGAAUAUGGACUAGUGGGUGUUAAUGAAGGAGUAAUUUCAACUGAGGUGGCUCCAUUUGGUGGUUUUAAACAGUCUGGCCUUGGAAGAGAAGGCUCCAAAUAUGGGAUGGAUGAAUAUUUAGAGAUCAAGUAUGUGUGCUUCGGAAACAUGAACAAAGAAUGAAGUACGAGACAGUGCCAAGCAAAAUAGGGAGGAGUCACCUUGCGUUUCUUAGUUGAAGAAUAUGCAUAUAGCUGCACACGUGUUGUAUACAAAUAAGUGCUGGCUUGCAAAGGGCCUCCUCAUUUUUCUGUUUGGUUCUUUUUGCUUUCCUUUUUCAUUCUCUUUAUUUUUCACAGAUUUUUAGAAUAUUAAAAAAUGCACUGUGAAAGGUACGAGGUUAGUAAAAAAAAGAAAGAAAAGCAAUUAGCCUUUGACCCCUUUGGUGUAACGUUGUUUCAUUGUGUUUUUCCAAAUCAAUGAACUCAAAAAUCCAAAUUGGAUCGGUUUGAAUAAAGGUGUUAGAUUGUGUCAAAUUUUGAGUUUCAUGGUCAAAUGUAACUCAAAAUAAUGGUGUCAAAUUUUUGAGCCCUUA